UAUACACAGUCAGGUCCAUAAUUAUUUGGACACCAUCGUCAGCAUUCCAGCUGUAAAACACCACAAUGGAUUUUAAUUGCAGACUUUGAGUUUUAGUUAUUUAAUCCCAACCAGGUGAACGGUGUAGAACACAUCGUUUAUGUGCCUUCCAACAUUUAAAGGGACAGUUGACGACUCAGCUGGUAUAUUCAUCUGGAAUCUGCUGAAUCAGUGAAGCAAGCCAUCAAUAAACCCAUCAGAGAGACAUGAGGCCCAAUCAACUGUUUGGUACAUUCUUAAAAAGAGAGAACGCACUGGUGAGUUCAGCGACACCAAAAGACCUGGAAGACCUGGAUGACCUGGAAGACCUGGAAGACCUGGAAGACCUGGAUGACCUGGAAGACCUGGAAGACCUGGAAGACCUGGAAGACCUGGACGACCUGGAAGACCUGGAAGACCUGGAUGACCUGGAAGACCUGGAAGACCUGGAAGACCUGGAAGACCUGGAAGACCUGGAUGACCUGGAAGACCUGGAAGACCUGGAAGACCUGGAAGACCUGGAAGACCUGGAAGACAGACGAAUCCUUUCCCUCGUCAACAAAACCCUUCACAACAGUUCAGAUCAGGAACUCUCUCCAGGAGGUUUCACCACAAGCUGUAAACCAUUAGUGAGCCUCAAAAACAGGAAGGCAAGACGAGUUUGUCAAGAAACAUCUAAAAGAGUCUGUGCAGGGUUUCUUAUGGACAGAUGACAUAAAGAUCAACUUGUACCAGAAUGAUGGAAAGAGAAGAGUAUGUAGAAGGGACUGCUCCAGAUCAGCAUGGUGCUGGUGUAAUGGUGUGGAACUGGAUCUCUUAUAUUUAUUGAUGAUGUGACUGCUGACAAAGUGUUUCAGGCAAUAUUAUCUGCUCAUUGGAGGCACUUCACAAGGCAGAUGGACAAUGACCCGAAGCCAGGGACCAAGCCCAGCGUCUGGUGAUGUCUAUGGGUUCAGACUUCAGGCUGUCAUUGACUGCAAAGUAUUAAAAAGUGACAAUUUGAUUUAUGAUUAUGUUAGUUUGUCCAAUUA